CCCCGCCGAUCACAUGACGCCGAGUUGCAAUUUUAGACCGUCAGCUGACCUGAAAAUCCCUGGAUAAGGGGGGGCCCUGCCGCGCUCGGCCCUUCCUUCAAAAGCCCCUGGCGUGGCGGCGCGGGCUGCCGCAGCACGAGCCCCCCGGGCUGCAUCCCGCUCCGCGACGCAUCCUGCGCGCGCCAUGGCCCCCCUCGGCCUCCCGCUGCUGCUGCUGCUGCUGCUCUGCGCCGCGGCACCCGCGCCCGCGCUCAUCAGAAUCCCACUGAAGCGGUUCCCCUCCACGCGGCGGGUGCUCACCGAGGUGGGCAGCGGCGUCCCCGACCUCGCCGCCGCCACCCAGUUCCUGCAGCACAAGCUGGGCUUUGCCCAGACUGGGGGGCCCACGCCGGAGAUCCUGAAGAACUACAUGGACGCGCAGUACUACGGUGAGAUCGGCAUUGGCACCCCGCCGCAGAAGUUCACCGUGGUCUUCGACACCGGCUCCUCCAACCUGUGGGUGCCCUCCGUGCACUGUCACCUGCUGGACAUCGCCUGCCUGCUGCACCACAAGUACGAUGCCUCCAAAUCCAGCACCUACGUGGAGAACGGAACUGAUUUCGCCAUCCAUUAUGGGACUGGGAGCCUCUCUGGGUACCUCAGCCAGGACACCGUGACGCUGGGUGACUUGAAAAUCAAGAAUCAGAUAUUUGGGGAGGCAGUGAAGCAGCCAGGCAUCACCUUCAUUGCUGCCAAGUUCGAUGGCAUCCUGGGCAUGGCAUUUCCAAAGAUCUCUGUGGACAAGGUCACCCCUUUCUUCGAUAACAUCAUGCAGCAGAAGCUGAUUGAGAAAAACAUCUUCUCCUUCUACCUGAACAGGGACCCCACAGCUCAGCCUGGCGGGGAGCUGCUCCUGGGAGGCACUGACCCCAAGUACUACAGCGGCGACUUCAGCUGGGUGAACGUCACGCGCAAAGCCUACUGGCAGGUCCACAUGGACGCGGUGGACGUCGCCAACGGGCUCACCCUGUGCAAAGGGGGCUGCGAGGCCAUCGUGGACACGGGCACCUCGCUCAUCACCGGCCCCACGAAGGAGGUGAAGGAGCUGCAGAAGGCCAUCGGCGCCAAGCCUCUCAUCAAAGGCGAGUACGUGAUCCCCUGCGAAAAGGUGUCCUCCCUGCCUGUGAUCACGCUCACACUGGGAGGGAAGCCCUACCAGCUCACCGGGGAGCAGUAUGUCUUCAAGGUUUCUGCCCAGGGGGAGACCAUCUGCCUGAGUGGAUUUUCAGGCCUGGAUGUCCCACCCCCCGGGGGCCCCCUCUGGAUCCUGGGUGAUGUCUUCAUCGGUCCCUACUACACCGUUUUUGACCGUGAUAACGACUCUGUUGGCUUUGCCAAAUGCGUCUAAGCGCCUGACCCACACUGCCUCUGCCACACACACACUUACACACACACACGGGAGCUGUAGAGAAUGAUUCCCAGGAUUAGAAACCCAGGGGGAUGAGGAAAAAAAAUAGAAAUGGAGCUAGAUAUAAAUUUACACGGAAAAUAAUCAUUAUUAGUGCUCUGCUAGCUACUUUUUCCCCUCUGUUGAGUAUGUGGUGCUGGGACAGCUCUAGUUGACAACUCCAGCUAGAGUAGCUCCUUGCUUUACUCUUAGAUCUUCCAGUAUUUGUUUUUAAUAUUGAUUCUCCAAGCUGAGCAAUGCCCUCCCAUGUCUCCCAGCACUGGUCUCGUUACUGGAGAGGCAGCUUGCCGGAGCUGUCUGGCAAUGCCAGCAUUCCUGCAGAGAAGCUGUGCGGGUGCUCUUGGGUUUGGGCUUCUGCGCUGGGGGAGAGGGAAGGCAAAAACUACCCUACAUGUUCUUUAUUUCUUCCUCUUUUUCACCAAUGAAGUGGGGGAGUGGGGGGUGCAUAGAGUUGGUCUUGAUCACUCCUGUGAUACUGCUGAGGCAGCAAUUGCUGGAUCACUUCUCAGUGAACUUGUGCUAGCUUAAUCCUGAAAGCGUGCUUCCUGGGCUGGAGCUGAGGGGGAACUUUCAGCGGGCACAAGGGACGUUUUAAAGUCUAAAAGCUCUGGCUGUGUGUUUUUGUGUUGUGACAACACGAGGGAGAGGUGAGGUGUGAUCGAGCCAUGCCUGGUCUGAGGCUCUCACAGACCUAUCGGGGCAGGGAUUUGUUGGGGGGCUCCUACCAGUAGGAGUCUUCAUGGAGUAAGAAUUCAAUGGGGGUAAGGCUAGGGUUUAAUAGAAGUUGUUUGAAUUCAUGUUCUCAAAGGCCCAGCUUUAAGUUUAGGGCUGAGCAAACCAGUUUGAGCAAAGAGUUGAUAUAAAUGCUCUUGAGUUGAGCAAACUUCUCCCAGUUUUUCCAAACCUCAGAACUUUGUAAUCUCAUCUGGAGCUAGUGAGUUGCACAUAAUGUUUCCCAAAGCAGCUAAGUAGCCUACAAGCCUAAAUCACAUUGAUUAGAUGUGAUUUGUGAUCAAUGCUAUCUAGUUGUUUGUAAGUCACAUAAGAGCUUUUGGAAACGUUAUUCAUAGUGUUCUGAAUUGCUCAGAAUUCAAGAGACAGUUGGCAGAAGCGAGUCAGCAAGUCUUCCAGGCAGGAGGGUACCAUGGAGGCUUCUGAAUUUUCAUUCGCUCUUUUUAUCACUUCCCAGUCCUGAAACCUAACUCACCUUCAGUACCCUCCAUACAUUGUGCUAUAGUUUCUGUAUUAACAUUAUUGAGAACUAUGUUCGUUUGCAUUGUUUGUUAUAGAAUAAGUGAGGCACAUUCCCUGCUUUGGUCACUUUGUAGCUGAAGGAUUUAGCUGUGCAUAUAGGUCUGCAUUUUGCUCCUGGAGAGCCAAGACCUGUGUAUAUGGAGCCAUCCACUUCCCUGGGCUGGAAUCAGUAGACAUACACUGCAGGAGCAAGGAGACAACAGCAGCUGAAAGGGGAUAAAGUGAAUUUUAAGCAACACUGCAAAGCAGAAGAGAGGGUUUUUCAAGGGUCUGAGGACAGCAAGCAGAUAGUCUGCAAAUGUCCCCUUUCCCCAUCCUGUGCAGCUCAUCAGUUUGACAUUAUUGCCAUUACUCCUCCCUUGGAGGGGUCUGGCUUGGCCAGCAGGGAUGGGCCUGAGCACACAUCUGCUCUGUGCUUCCCCAGCAUGAUAAAUCAGCUGCCUCUUCAUAGUCCUCACCUGCAACCUUGUAUGUGGAAGCCUAGAGGCAUCUGUUGCAGACUGGGGAUCUGGCUAGAGAACAGUAGCACGUUAUAUAUAUAAAAAAAAAAUCAAACACAGAUGCUCAGCACUCUCCAGAGAACCCAGUUUCCAAAUUGAUUAAAUGCCCAGAGCUCUUCAAAGUUCUGCUAAAUUCUCCCACAGCUGCAGAGUUUAUCCAAAGCAGUGACUGAGACAGAGACAGUUUCUCAGGUACCCGUUAAUCUGACUUGAUGUGGGGGGAUGGCCUGGCGUGGAGUAGACUGCGGGUUUUUCAUCUGAUUUAGCCCCUGGCAGGAUGUACAGUGUAGCCUAAAAACAAGCCAUCCUACAGCAAUUCUGUGGAAUGUACAAUGCCUUACGCUGUACAUGUUGUAGCCUCUUUGCAGUAACCUAAUGCUGGGCUGGUUGCUGUCCCCAGGCAGGCAGGACACUUCUGUCUGAGGAAAGACUAUGGCCCCAAAUGAUGCCCUAAAUGACAUAUCUUAGCAUAGGCUGGA